GUACCUGCCCGUGUCCCUGUCCCCGCUCCAGCCUUUGCGCAACGCGGGCUCCCGGGACGCAGCCGGCACUGAAGGCAUCCUAAAGGUGUCCUAAAGGUGUCCUGAAGGUGUCCUGAAGGUGUCCUGAAGGGGUCCUGAAGGGGUCCCGGUGUCACAGAGGGGUCCCGGUGCUCUCCGGCCGGCAGUGCCACGGUACAGCCAGCCCCGGGUCUGGGGACAGCCGUGCAUGGAGGGGCACCUGCCCCGGGGCCCUGCAGCAGCUGGGAAGCUCCCRCGGACACCACAGCGGGUAUGUCCGAGACCUCCUCCAGCAAGGAGGCUGCCCCGGCCGAGUGCCCCGUGUGCUACGAGCGCUUCCAGCCCYUGGAGGGCACGCACCGGCGGCUCAGCUGCGGCCACACCUUCUGCCACGACUGCCUGGUGAAGUGCCUGCUGUCGGCCAAGCUGGACGGGCACAUCCAGAGCAGCAUCAUCUGCCCCGUGUGCCGCUACGUCACCUUCCUCAGCAAGAAGAAGGCUCUGUGGCCGCCCCGGGCGGCCGCCACCCCCUGCACGCUGGAGAUGCCGCUGUCACCGUCCUCCUUGUCCCAUCUGACCAAAGCGGAGGCCGGCAACACGCUGGUGGUGCCCAGCCACUUCGUGAUGCCGGUGCAGAGCCUGGAGCGGUGCUCGGCGGGCGCGCCGGGGCUGCCGGGGCUUCUGGCACGGGAAGCGCACAUCUUUGUCAUCAGCGAGCACGGGAUGCCGCUGGUGGCCGCGGACUGCGCCUCCCUGGGCGGCGGGAGCCGGGCGGGCACGGCCAGCUCGGUGUCAUCCGGGCCGGCGCUGGGGGUCAAGUGCUGCCAGUCCCCCAUGGCCCUGGCCGUGCUGCUCGUCCUGACCGUGGCCWUGCUGGCCGCCGUGCUGCCGUGGCUGCUGCUGGUCAAGAGGGACGUGUAGCAGCGAUGGCAUCAGCGGGCACACCAGAGGGGUGGCACUGCUGCUGAGACAGAGCUGGGGCUGGAGCCUCUCUCUAAAGGUUCCUGGAGAACACCCAGAAGCAGUUUCAGGUGAGGCUCUGCCACCUGCCCGGGGACUGAAUGGACUCUCGGACCUUCUGCAGAUCUUCAGGUGCCCACCGUGUCACUGGUGGCAUUUACUGUCCCUUUUGGUCACAACAUGGCAGAUCAAGCCCUGCUGAUGGUUUCCUCCAGGAUCUCAGUGGAGAGGACCCUCCUGCACCCUGUGACAGAUCCUAUGGCCAGCAGGGGCCAAGGGGCCGUGCUGGUCCUGCCCAGCCCCUGCCCAGCUCCAGGCACAGUUUCUGUGUGUCAGAGGGUCAGGGCUGCCCGGCUGUGGGGCUGCUGGAGCUCCUCAGGCUCCCAGGAUGUCGGGAUCAUCGUGACACAGCCAGCCAGGAGCAGAAACUCAUGGCUUCCAUGCCGGAGAUGGAUAAAUCAGAGCCUCCAACUACYGGGCACGAGGGCAGUGAAACCAGCRAUGGAGACAGUGACCCUGGCUCUGCUGAGCUCACCAGUGCCAGCCUCCCUGCAGUGCCAUGGGCUGGGGAGGGAGGCCAGCUCAGCCCACAGCCAGUCCCAGCUGUGCCCUCCCUCACCUCACCCUGAGCUCCCCAGGAUCAGGGCCAUCSUCCUGGUGUCACCACCAUCCUCCUGGUCUCACCACAUCCCUCCUGCCCUGGUGACCCAGGGACACAGGUUGGGGUGUGGGGAGUAAACCCAAGUUCUGGACAUCAGAAUGGGGCAGAUUUGGGGUCCCACCCUGCUGUCCUUGCUAGAGCCCUGUGGUGGUGUGGCAGAGUGACAUUUUCUUGUCCCUACAUCCCACUCCUGAGGGCUCACAGCCAGGGGCUCAUUUUCACCCAUGCCAAACAGGCUGGGCACUGCUCAGCCCCCCAAAGCCUCUGGCUCUGCCCUCUUUGGGACUGGUUUCACUCAGGGGACCCCAGUGUCAGCCCCUCAGCCCAGGGCCCCUGCUUUGGGARGGCAGUGGGCAGCAGAGAGGCCCAGCUGAGAUCUGGGAAUCUGUGCCUGCUCUCAGUGAGGGGGAGAGGGGCUGCAGGACACCCCCACCGCUGCUGGGGCCACUCCUGACAUUUGUCCCCAGCCCAGUCUGCACCACCCUCACCUUUGUCCUCCUGACCUGGUGCCUGACCCCGUGGGUGCUGCUUUCGCUCCGUCACCCGGGAAUGUGUCACUUCACAGGCACCCCAAUGGGAGCAGGAGAUACCUCAUGGGCACCCCAAUGUAAGCAAGACAUCCCUCAGUGUCACCCCAAUGCCAGCAGGAGAUCCUUCAUGAGCACCCCAGUGUGAUCAGGACAUCCUUCACCCUCAUCCCAAUGUGAACAGGAUGUCCCUCACUGUCACCCCAAUGUGAACAGGAUGUCCCUCACUGUCCCCCACAAGAGGUGACAGUGGGGCACAGGCUGGGCCAGGCUUCCCAUGCUCCCAGAGGAAGGACAAACCCAGCCAGCAGUGCCACUGAGGUGGCUUUGGGGCCAGAUAGAAUAUUUCAGGUCAAUAAAUAAGACCCACUUGGGGCUGGGAAGGGGAAGUAAUGUGGGACAGAGCAGCUGAUAGUGCCCCAUGCCAUCCUCGGGGUCACUGUCCAUUGUCCUGCUGGGCUGCUGCUCCCCGUGGUGUUCCUGCACUCUCCAGCCGUGCCUUAGUGUCCCACCCAAACUGGGGUGCCAUGACCCCGACCCUGUGUGAAGCUCUGGGGAGCAGUGCCUGAGACACUGCACUGGAAUGGGAGCCCUGUUUCAUAAGAAACGAUGACCUGCUAAUGACGUGUCUGUGCCUCAUUAUUAUUUAAUAAUAAACCCUAUUAUUAGUCAGUCUGGCACUGGGCAAUCAGUGCAGGGUGCCAGGGCACCAGCCCCUUGGCACGGGGCUGCUGGGAGGUGGCACAGGGUGGCUGCAGCCCUGCAGGUAUUUGGGAAGGCAGGGGAGGACUGGGAAGAAC